AUGACCCAGGGCGCCCCAGGGUCCGGGCUGGGCUGGGGCUGGGACACGGAGGAUGACUGGGACGGGCCCGCGCUCACGCUGCUGGCACUGGCCGUGGUGGCGGCCACCGCACUCGCCCUGCACUGGUUUGGCUCUGGGCAGGAGCGGGAGGCGUCAGGACCCGCACCCACGACCCCCGCGGCCCAGCCUAAAGCGGGAAGUCCAGGGCCAGCCCUGCCCCUGACGUCCCAGGUCGGCGACGGCCACGGCUCAGGGCAGGGGGAGUCGGAGCCGCCAGGAUGCAGCCAGGGGAGGCCGCCUGCAGCCGGGGCCUGGGACCAGACACUGCGGGAAGGGGGGGGUCUGGUCACCGCAGCAGCAUCUCCACUCCAGACACCUGGCGAGGUGACCCGCGGAGGGGCCGCAGGACAGCAUCAAGGUAACGCCCCUCGAGAAGCCCCCCGAGGUAAAAGAAGGGAGCCUCUCAGGCCGGGUGCUGCCCUCCAGGGUGGGAGCAGCGGAGGGGGAGCCUCUGGCCCCCUCCUGAUACACUUCACCCCUCGGAGCCCUGGCAGGAGGACGGAAGGGCAGGUGGGGGCAGGUGGCGUCCUAGCCAAGGUGCCAACUGGCCAGGCCGCGGCCCACGCCACAGAACAGGACCCCAACCCCCGGCGACAAGGUGUGGGGCUGCCCGGCUCCCUGGAGAGGGGCUGCAGCCGCCGGCGGUGGUCGCCCAACCGGGGCUUGGGGGACAGAGACCCCUAUUUCCCCAAGGUGCACCCUGCUCAGCAGGGCGCUGUGCUGAGCGUGUGGGACGCGGUGGACGCCGCCGGCUCCCUGGGGCCUGCUCUUCCCCCGCAGAUGCCCCCUGCUCCCGCCGCUCACACCGGGCCCCUGGGGGGGGCGGCAGCCACGGGACGUGGGGACAGUGGCCUCCCAGCAGCCCCAGGCUCUGCUCCGCAGUCUCAGGGACCCCCUACCUCUGAGGAAGCCUGGCCCUGGGCGCAGACAGAGCUCCUGGGCCCCGGGAGCGUCAGCCAGGCCCCAGGCUCCAGGGGCCCAAGGCCAGCAGGGUCACAGGGUGGACACCCACUCCUGCCUCGGGGACAGGGGACCCCGGACGCCGCCGAGGAGGGCAAGGUGGGGGCUCGGGGCUCCGGACACGGCUCCUUCUCUGGCCCAGGCCUGGGGGUGCAGAGCGGUGGGUGGGAGGCAGGGGGUCCCCCCACUCAUGAGCCCCCGGCCCUGCCACCCUCACCUUCCCCAACUCCUCCGACCUCCUCUCCCUCAGACUCUUUGUCCCUGAGAGUUGGCCAGUGUCCUGCCGAGGAUGAAACUGCCGGUGUAGCGGCAGCCCCAGCCCAAACCCCGACCCCAGCCCCAGCUGCAGCCCCAGCCCCAUCCCCAGCCCCAACCUCAUCCCCAACCCCAAACCCAGUCCCAGCCCCAACCCCAUGCGUAGCCCCAACCUCAGCUGCAGCCCCAGCGCCAAACUCAUCCCCAACCCUAACCCCAGCCCCAGUCCUAAUCCCAGGCCCAGCCGAGGCCCCCCCAUCCCUUGCCCCCAAUAGUGGGUCAGGGCCGACACCCCAGGAGCACAGGGUGGCUCUCUGCAAGGACAAGCAGGAGGGGCAGCUCUCAAGCAGCUGGGAAAACCUUAUUUCCAUGGUUCUUAGGAGUCACCCUUUCCCCAGGCAGGAGAGACACCAAGGGAGGGCCCCAAGGGCAGCUCCCCGGGGCCCCAGGGAUCCCAGCCCUGGCAAGGCCCCUGAGGACAGAGAGUGUUCUGCCCCCGAAGGGGCAGCCCCCAGCCUGGUGGUCACGGAUGGCUCCUUAGAUGUGGGCGCGAGGGCCCCGGGGGGCCCGGGCGUCGCAGGGAGUCCUGAGCCUGACGCCAGCAAGGCGGUGUCCCCCGGGCGGUGGGGCGGGGCCCCGGGCGGUGAGGCGCGCGCUGCAGGCUGCUGGGCGGUGUUGGGGGCCCCGACGCGCCCGGGCCCGGGGAGCUGGGAGGCGGGGGGGCCGGGGCGGGACCCCUACGCCCUGCUGAGCGACGACCUGCUGCGCGUGCUGGGGGACGCCGCCCUGUACCGGCGGCUGAGCGGCGCGGCCCGCGAGCGCAUCCUGAGACUCCGCACGGGGCGCGGCCAGGCCGUGCUGGGGGUGCUGGUGCUGCCCGGCCCCUACCAGGGCGGCGGGACGCGCGGCGGGGGCGGGGGCGCGGGGGCGGAGGCAGCCGCCCGGCCGCACCUGCACGUGCUCGACCCGUGCAAGAACACCUGGCGGGCGCUGACGCCGGUGCCGGCCGAGGCCCCGCUGCGCGGCUGCGCGCUGUGCACAAUGCACAACUAUCUGUUCCUGGCGGGGGGCGUGCGAGGCUCGGGCGCCGCGGCCGCCUGCUCCGACCAGGUGUUCUGCUACAACCCGCUGACCGACGUGUGGAGCCAGGUGCGGCCCAUGCGGCAGGCGCGCGCGCAGCUCAAGCUGGUGGCCCUGGACGGGCUGCUGUACGCCAUCGGCGGCGAGUGCCUGCGCAGCGUGGAGCGCUACGACCCGCGCACCGACGCCUGGACGCCGCGCGCGCCCCUCCCCGCGGGCUCCUUCCCGGUGGCGCACGAGGCCGUGGCCUGCCGCGGGGACAUCUACGUGACCGGCGGCCACCUCUCCUACCGCCUGCUCAGGUACAGCCCCGGGAAGGACGCGUGGGACGAGUGUCCCUACAGCGCCAGCCACCGGCGUUGCAGCGACAUGGUGGCCCUGGGCGGCUACCUAUACCGCUUCGACCUGCUGCGCGGCGUGGGCGCCGCCGUCCUGCGCUACAACACGGUGACGGGCUCCUGGAGCCGCGCCGCGCCCCUGCCGCUGCCCACCCCCGCCCCACUGCACUGCGCCGCGCUGGGCGACACCAUCUACUGCCUCAACCGCCAGGUCACCGCCACCUUCACGGUGUCCGAGGGGACCGCGCAGUUCCAGGCCCGGGAGCUACAGCCCUUUCCCCUGGGGAGCAGGGGAGUCCUCUGCCCCUUCGUGCUGACCCUGCCCGCCGCGCACCCCCUGCAGACUGCGCUCUGA